GGCAGUGCGGACCAAUAUGAAGUAUUUGUUAGUGAUUGGGAUUAGUAUCCUGCAGCUUUUCGGAAGUAACGUGCACGGACAAGCAAACGAUCCCCUGGAAGAAAAAGUAUCCUCAACAACAGUAGAUGAACAGUACCCUGAUGAAACGUAUACCCCGUUCCAAAGCCAGCCCUUGGGACACUCCAGACCCUUUUAUUAUCAACAAGAGGCCGCGGCCGCUUACAGUCACAGAGCUCAACCACCUUACCAUCAACAAAUCGGAUAUGACUCCCCAGUAAGAUACAACGGUUUCAAAGAUGAUUCCUUCAGACAGGCGUCCUCAACUUCAGACAGCUAUGGACUGUUGGGUUCUGGCAACUUCGGAGUGAUCAAGGGGGGAACUUUUUAUGCGAAUAACAAAGAGGGUGGGGAUUAUUCCAAUUUUGAGGGCGACUUUAACUCCUACUUCCAUAAUGGUCACGGUAGACCUUCGUAUCACAUUGGUGGGCCACCAAAUCCAAGACCUUAUCAGCACGAGCAGUUCGCCAACUUCAAGGACUUUGCCGACAUCAACACGCCAACUGACAGGCAGUACUCACAGUAUGUUGUUGUGUAUGUCAACAAGAACGGCACAAAAAAUGACGAAGAAGUGAAGAAUAAUAAGCCAAAGAAUAUUUUUGAAAGUUUACAGUUGUUGGACAGGGAAGAUUCGAAUUCGGAAGACUAUAAUACAAUGGAAGAUGAGGAAGUACCUGAGAAGAAACUUUCAAUGUCUAAGAGAAAACUCAAGCAGCUUCUACCUGAGAAAAAACACAAGUUGAAGAAAACCAAGACACCAGAUAGAGACUACGAACCACUUUUAGCUCUAAGUUAGAAUCUGUUGUUAGUUAAAAUUCGUGUGAAAUAUUCCUAAAGUUUGCUAUGGGGUAAAUAGCGUAGCAAUCAUUUCUUCAAUUUCUUUCACAGUCAAAAUGUGUAAGUGAAAACAACUUACAAAAGAACAGUUUAUGGUUUACGGCAAAAAACCGCCAACAUUAAUUAAUUAAUUACCAUACUUCAUUUGUGAUUUGUGGGCCUCGUCAAGAGCUUUAAUAUUAAUGUGGAUAGUAUUAUUACCAUCUAUGUAAGUAGCACUACGGUACAAUCACAUUAAAUUAUUGUAAACUCAGACAACAGGCCUUGUAUGAAUGUAUUGCUUACGGCCAGUAUAUCAUAUGUAUGAUUAUGCUUGUAAAUCAGUGUCCCAGUGGGAAAAAGUCACGAAGAGUAGUUUAUUGAACUUAAAUAAAAAAAUUAUUCCAUUUAAACGUCACACUCGUAUUGUACUUCUUUUCACUCUGAGGCACAAUAGUUAUUAAAAAGUAUAUUAUUUAAAAAACAUAUAUUUGAGGUAAACUGGAAAUGUGUAUUCAGUAAAUGAGUUUAUUUAGUUUAUCUUCAAUCUAGGCCACUGUAAUUAUGUAUAUUUCUCAUGUUUUCAUUUUUAGAAAAAAUAAUUCAAUUUAAAAUGAAAAUUUCAAAAAAUAAUAAUAAUGUAAUUAUACGACUUAUUGUCUGGAUUUACUUAAUUAUUUAAUUGAUAUAAAAUCGGUUAAAUAUUUACAUUAAAAUUGAUUGUUUCUUUUUUAAUGAGGUGUUCUUCGAUUCUAUUGCAACUAGCUGAAUGUUUAAGUUAUUAUACAAUUUCUUUUUAAAAUUUUUAAGAAAAACUACCUCGCAUUGUUUUAAGGAGUAAGUUUAAACAUAAGUUACCAGGUGUGAAUACGCCAUAUUCAAAUUUAUUCUUUUGUAGUAAUAGUAUCAAAAAAAUCAA